AUGAAUCAACAGAAUGAGCCGCUCCUCACCAUUCACGAUCUCCUAGCGCGCGUGAAGCCAGAGCUACGACGUGCCAAUCUACCGAUCACCAUCCGAAUUGUCACCUAUGCCGUCGCUAUCCGUGAUUUGAUGAGGCGCUCAUACUUAGAUGAGCCGGUGGCUUCUUUAAUAAGGCCGAGUGGUAUACGCCAGGGGGCGGUCAAGCCUUAUUUUUGGCAGGCAUUGAUUACAAUUCUGCUUAUACAGCACGCUUUGGCAAUUGCAUUUUGGUUGUGUGCAUUUAGCUUUUUCAUGCAUGUCAUGCUCUGCAUUCCAAUCCUCUUUCUGCCCACAUCACUUAUGCAAGAUUGCGAGAAGAGCUUCUACAUUAUUUCGUGGAUCAUCACUGCCAUUAUGUUGCCAAGUCGUAUCGGUUGCAGAUUGGUGCAAUGGAGGCGCUUGAAAAGAUGGCUAGAAAUGUCUCUAGAGAGGUACGCCGUCUAAGAUUGAUGCCAAGAUGA